AGACUUCACAAAAGUUUGAUGCCAUGCAUUGUGUCUGCUGGUUGUGAAAGGUAUGCACAUGAACAAGUUUUUUUAUUUUAUUAUUAAAGUCUAUUUGGAUUCAGGGAAUAUAUAAUACUUCUUCAGGAUCUCGAGCAAAAAUGAGAAAUUGAUUAAUUGGAAAUAGUGGGAGUUGCUUGGGGGACAGCAGUCCCAAAUUAAAGUUUUUUAAGCCAUGGGUUAAGGAAUAGUGGUCCCAGAUUAAUGUUUUUUAGGAGGAUUUAAAAUUUGAAAUAGAAAUUCAGGGAAACAAAUAAUAUUUAUUAUUAAUUUUUGAUAGUCUAAAUUCAACUAGUAACUAAUUCUAAUGAGCAACAACUUAGGACAUAAUAUGCAGUAGAGAGUGAGAGUUUUUCCUAUAUUCUAGAGUCACAAAAUGACCCUUAAAAUACCUUUUAUUUAAUUCUUAUUACAUGACAUCAUAUGGUUGAUUAUCGAUUCCCUAUCUAGAAUCUUUAAGAACUUUGAAAGUUGUUUUUCCUAUAUAAAUGCAUGGAAUAGACCAACAACGGAUGUUGUAAAAUAUUUCUAUUCUUUAGUUUGCAGGCCACUGUACCUGACUCCGUCGUACGCUUGUUUCUUGGUGUUGAUGUUAUACAGGUUAAAAUUCUUAACUAUGCAUGCAAUAAAACAUUGUUUAUUUUUAAAACAGUGCAAUCUUUUGAAAAUUAUCAAUUAAAAUGUAAAAUAGUUUAUUUUAAACGGAAUAAAGUUCACAGACUACAGAGCUGAAAUUUUUUGUUUUUAAAUUUCUUGUUGCACCGUUUAGUACUGAAUCUAAUUUUAAAUGUAAUUUUAUGUAACUUAAAAAAAUUUUUGAAAAAUAUUUGCAGAGAGAAAAAUUAAACAAUAUAAGAAUUAAAAAAUGUGUAUAGAUUAUCGUUUAUAUUUCUAAAUAUACAGGAUUUUAAAAAUUAACCACUUCUUUUUUUUUGCAGUCACCCUUUAUGACAUUACUGCUUGAAAAGUUACCUGAAUUUUUAGGAGAUGAUGAGUAAGUCUUAAAUCUGAAACAUAUAAUAUAUAUAUAUAUAUAUAUAUAUAAUAUAUAUAUAUAUAUAUAUAUAUNAUAAGGCAGAUUAGUGUGACAUCAGAGAGGUUUUUAGCUGGUCUGGAGCUCUAAUCUCAGCAUCAUUGAAUGUCCUAACUUGAAGCCAAACAUGGUUUAAAGCAAAAUUCUGAAGUAUACCAGAACAAAGUUAUAACUGGUCCACUGCUCGAGAAUUAAACAGAAACUUGUCCAUCUCCCUCAUAAACAGCGACGAGGCCAUACCAGGCAGUUCCGGCUCAUACCAGCGAGACGCCAGUGUAGGAACUGCUCAUUCCUGCCAAAGACAAUCAGGGACUGGAACAAGCUUUCAAAAGGAAAAAUUGAGGCGACAACACUUGACGCAUUUGCAUACAUUUCCUCAGGCCUUCCAACCCCCCUGUGCUUGAUUCCCUCACAAAGUACCCCUUGUAACCAGUGAAAUAUUCGCAUCAACACUAGGCACAGAAACAUUGCUAAUCCCCUCUACAUGCAUAGGAGCCAAAUGAAUAAUAAAUUGAUCGUGGGCACUUAAUAUAUAGAAGAAGAAGUUACAACUACCAGUAAAUAUCUAUUAUAUAUUAGGAAAUAUUUUACUAUUUUAUAUGGUCCUAAUAUUCCUUUAUUUUUUGUUCAGUUUCAUCUUCCACAAUGGGCAGAAAAUUUAUAUUCCAAGACUUCUGCUCAGCCAGUUCCGCUUCUUAGAUAGGAUAGUUGAUGGCAAGGUAAGUUUCUGAUAAAUUACUAUUCGCCCACUAUGUCUUUAAUAAACUAAUGAAUUGUAUCUGCACUUCAGGCAGAGCAAUUGUUAAGCUCUAAAAUAAAUGUAGGAAAAAUGUUAAAAUUAAUGACAGUACAAUUGAUGAGCUUGCUUGGCAAGUGUUGCCUUUUAUAAUAAUUUUGAUGCAAAUCAAUUAAUUAACAUUUCUUACAAGCCAAUUUCUUAUUAUUUAACAAAAAUAUUUGAAAUAAAAAUUAUUUCAGUCAUCUGAUAGUAUUUUAAAUGAAAUGAGAUUUAUUUAUGCCAACUUAGCCUAAUGUUAUUGUUAUCCUCUAUUUUUUCCCACUUAGGGAUACAAAUUUUGUUUAAAUUAAUGCAUUGUUGACAAACUGACCAAAAAUAAAUCUUGCUUUCCUUAACAUGCUUUUCCCUGUGUUUUUCAUUACUGUAUUCUAGUAAAUUUGAAAUUUUGUUACUUCUGACCUUUCAUAUCAAUGAAAAUUCUUGGGCAGGAACUGACUAAAAAGCUUCUUGAGAUUUUGAGCAGUACCUCAGUAGAUGUCCAGAUUGAAAUAAUGGCUUGCAUACCUGACAUUGUGGAGGAUUCUGAACAUGGGGAGGUUGCCCGUAAACUCAGGUACUUCGUUUCAACUUUUAAAAUAUCGAACUUGAUGACAUUUUUCUUUCAUUUAACCACAAAAGUGAACAUAUUUUAUGGAAACAAUCACCCAAUCACACUUUCUUAAUCUUUACAGAGAAGAACUCAUGGGUAACAAAGACCUUACCUGCCCUGUGAUCGAUGCCCUGACUUACCUCAAUAUUUCAUCAGAUUUGGUCACUGAGGUAAAAAAUCAUGAGUUGUCAAUACAAUUUGUUUGUAAUUGGGUUUCAACUAAAAAGUGAGAGUGUUUAGUGCCGACUCAAACAUAUUAGUACGCAAAUGUUUUCAUUGAAUUUUAAUUUUAAUCUUUCUUUAACCCAUGAACUGUGGCAUGCAUCAUUCUGUGGUGUGGAGCUUUUCAGAGCAUUUUGAGUGCCUUUUGAAAUUGCAUUAAAUGACAUAGAAAUAUUGAUACAAGACCCACAUAAGUAUUUAUUUUUAGAAAUGUAAAUGGAUGGGGAUAAAGUUGGCCAUAUUGCCCACCCCGUAAAAAAAAAAUUUGCUCAGUGUCCUUUACCUUGGAGUUCUCAAGAAGAAGAAAAAUCAACAAAAUGUCUUGCUUUCAAGUGCUCAUAACAUCAUUAAUUUUUAUAGAUACACUUAAAACACAAAUCUAAAUGUUGUAGCCAAUUCAUUUAUCUUUCAGAAAAUGUAUAGUUUGCUAAGGUUUUUAUUGCUAUUAAACCUCUGAAAGCAAUUUUAGUAAUUUUAGGUCAUUUAUAUAACAAACUGGGACCAAAGCUAAAACCAAGUACAAAAUGCAAAUCUCGGGUAAAAUAUUUAUCAUUUACUAGUAAAAAUUUUUAAAGGAACUGUUGAACUGAUUUGGGUUGUUUAACUAUAAAAUUUAUUAGUUCUGAACUAUAAUCUGUAGCUUCUGUAACUAAAAUUUAGUCAGUCCUUGCUCAACCUCCGGGCCUGGCUCGAAGUCUAACAGUAGCCUCAGUAGGCCUACUUCAGUAUCACUAAGACUAGUAUAAAAUUCACGAGAAGAAGAAUAUCAACUGAUAUUAUCAUGGGGAAUGUUAAAAUCAACAUCAGUAUCACUUAAAACCUCUCCUCAAAAGCUUUAAAACAUAUUACUAUUAGUUCUUGCACUGAAUGACCCCAGCCAUGGCUUCAACCAUUUUAGCUUUAAAAAAAAAGCGAUAUAAAACUCUGAUUAAAAAGUAUUUAUUUUUAAGUUAUCAAGAAAUAGCUUGAACAGAAAGAUGAUUCAAUUAUUCAUAAAAGGAAGUGGCUAUAAUUCCAGUUAACUAUUGGAUUGGAAGUUGCUAUAGGACCGUGUUUUGUAUCAGCCGAUUUUUUAGGCCGCCACAGUGCAGAACCAGAAUGGCGGCCGAUUUUACAGUUCAUGGGUUAAGGAAUGCCAUCUUAAUGAACAAUAUAAAAGAACCAAUUUAAUAUUUUAAAUUUGUCUCUCAUUAUUUGCCUAGAGUUCCAAAUAGUUUGAGUAAAGCCAUCUGACAUUCAGUUUUCUUUCCAUGAUAUCUAACUCAAAUCCCCAUCUUUAUUAACCUUAUCUACGCAGUCUUCACUGCAUUGUAGUAACCUUUAAGUUUCCUUAUAUUUUUAGUUUUCUUUAUAUAUAUUUUAAUUUCCAUUAUGUUUCGUUUUAAUCUCGAACGCAAAUUGUGUGAUUUCUUGGGACACUUCUGCACGCAAUUCAAAAUGGUGUCCUCGCUUCUAUGCUUUCCUGUGUACUUUGAGUUGACUUCCAAGUUCCUUCAGCUAAGUUUAUCUUUAUGUCCAUCUUUGUCUGGUGUUGAAGACUUUUUUGUAGAAAAUUUCUUGUUUAGUUUUAUCUUCCAGGCUUUCACCUACUCUGUAUGUUAUAUUUUGUAUUGUUUUAACCUGAAUGCAUCUCUCAAUAAUACACUUGUUUUAACUUGUUAUCUGCCAUAAGCUGCUGGUAGCACCAAACAUUCCUUCUAUCUUUGCCAGAGCCACUGUGAGCUUCACAGUUUGUUUCAUCGUAAAAAUAGUUAAAUAUUUGCAUUGUUAUUUUUGUUUAGGUUUGAGAUUUUAAUUUACUGAAAGGAAGUUAAUUUUUUUAAAACACAUUGGACAGUCAGAAUGCAAAAAUGUUUUUUUUUUGGGGUCAUAUAUAUCAUAUUUUGAGUGUAGUUAACAAAUUAACAAGGUUACCAAAAGCAAACAUGCUGUAAAUAAGUUGGAGAUAUGUUUAUGCAACCGUAGAAUUGUCUAAAUUCAGAAACCUUUUCUAACUUGGUUUAGCUCUGAUUACAUAAAUUAUUAGAAGUGUAAAAAAUAAAUAGUUUUUGCAUAUUCGAAACAUGAAAUUUGAAAGUAAGUUGGUAAAUUUUCAUAAUAUUUUAAUGCUUUUCUCAGAUAAAAAAAUAAUUAAAAAUAUUUUUUAACAUUUCUUUUAGAUUUAUCUUGAAGAAAAUUCAUUUCUCUACAAAAUGGUAUUACUUUAAAAAAUGUGUUAAUGAUUAUAUAAAUGACAACUGAAUUUAUACUUAGAUCUGCCUGUGGGAAAUUGACCUUUAUUCAGCCACACACAUUUUUAAAUGCAUUAGCUAAUCAGUUAACAGCAAUUUUUCCACAUUAUAAAAAGGUAUUAUUAAAAACUCAUAACUUUCUCCAUUGUUGUAAUUUUUUUCCUAUCUCAUAGUACCGUAACUAAAACAAAAAUGUAAAAAGUAAGUGUGAUAUUUCUUACCUCUAUGCUACAGAUUCGCACUUCAGUGCUGGAUAUGCUGAAAACAUUCAGCAUAAAUGAUCUUCCAAUUGUCAUCAAUUUCUUGCUGGAAUCGGUCACCGCACAGGAAGCUCUGGAAGUGAGUUUUACAGAUUCUUAUUAUAAUUUUACGUGACAUUCCUAUGUAAAAAAAAAAAUUCACCCCAUCUCUAAAAGAACUCUAGUUACUGUACUCAAUCCAGCCAACACACUGUCUCUAAAGAGCUCUAGUUACUGUACUCAAUCCAGCCAACACACUGUCUCUAAAGAGCUUUAAGUACUGUACUCAAUCCAGCCAACACACUGUCUCUAAAGAGCUCUAGUUACUGUACUCAAUCCAGCCAACACACUGUCUCUAAAGAGCUCUAGUUACUGUACUCAAUCCAGCCAACACACUGUCUCUAAAGAGCUUUAGUUACUGUACUCAAUCCAGCCAAUACACUGUCUCUAAAGAGCUCUAGUUACUGUACUCAAUCCAGCCAACACACUGUCUCUAAAGAGCUCUAGUUACUGUACUCAAUCCAGCCAACACGCUGUCUCUAAAGAGCUCUAGUUACUGUACUCAAUCCAGCCAACACACUGUCUCUAAAGAGCUUUAGCUACUGUACCAGACCUGUUUACUCUUACAAUUUUGGCAUACAAUGUAUCAUUUUGAGAUGUCUUUACAAUUGUACCCCAAGACCUUCCGCAACUACUAUUUUAAGAGAAAUAGGCUUAUAGUAUCUUUAUUUAUUUAUUUUUAAGCCCUUCUGUUUCCUUAAAAAUCAAUUUCAAUUUACUUGAAAGGUGUAGUAAAUGAUGUCCUCUUUGAAUAAUUAAUUCUUGUAAGUAUAAAUUAAAUUUACAUCAUUUAUGUAAAUUUAAUUUAUACUUAUUUAAUUGUCUUUUUCUUGUACUGAUGAAGGCAUGUGCCGAAACGUAUACUUUUGUACUCUGUAAAAUUAUUAUUAAUGCUUACCUUAUUUUGUUAUAUUGACACAAAUUGUUGGUGUCCAAUUAAUAAAUUUCAUCAGUAACUUUAUAUUUGACAGACAGUGAUAAUGUGAUCUGCACGUUCACCCACAUAUUAAUUGGUAUCUAUAGCAACCAAACAUCUGCAGAUUGCAAUAUAAACAUCAGUCAUUGACAUUUGGAAGUUACCUAUUUUGACUUCAGCUUAACUCGACACACGAUGCAAGCAGUUAUUAAAAGCAUUAUAUUCUCUGUACAUUUAUUUAUUCACUACUAAGAUACUGCACUGUAUAAUUUUGAGACCAUAAUUUAAGAUUUCAUGGUAAGCAGGUCUACUGUACUCAGUCCAGCCAAUGGGCUCCUUAAGUGUGGCUCACUUUCUUUUCAGCUGAAUCUGUUCAGUUUUGUCAGCCAGUUUGUAAAUUUGUGUUUUAGGUAGUGAAUGAAAUUAGAGCUGGUCUUGAUUUCACAACAUCAACAAAACUACCCAAGGAGAAGUUAGAAAAGUGAGUACCGCAGAUACAUUGAGUAAACAUUUUGAAUACUUAAGGAAACAUUUAUGAAAUUAACUGCUAAAACUGAAGGGGGUUUGCAUCUUUGUGGGUUUGAACAUCUUGACGUGCUAAACUAGUGCAAUGUGUCAGUGCAAAAAAUUACCAUUGUUUACAUAAAACCAUUCUAAUCUAUUCAUAUUUUGAAAUGGUUGCUAUUCAAUAACUAACAUAGGGUGUGCAAUGUAUUGUUCAUUGGAGAUUGGCAAGCAUUUCCCCCCCCCCCCUUACCUUUUUUAAAAAUUAAAUCAAUAAAUAGUUUAUAAUUUAGGUUGUGUAAGCCUUAAAAGGGUGUGACAUGUGCUAUAAUAUUAACCAAUUAUCAACUGAUGUUAUUGAUAACAGGAUUAAGACAAGUAUCAAGUUGACUAUAGAUGCCCUCAAAAGCAGAAUGCAAUUCAAAAGAGCUGUUGCUGAAGCCUGGUUAAAGGUAAAAUAAAAUAUCUUAAAUUGUCUUCAAAGUUAUUACAUUAUUAUUAUAUCCCAUCCUCUUUCUGCUUAUAAAGAUACCAAUUCAAGAUAUUUCUACUUUUUGCAGCAAUUAAAAAACCAGUUUUUAACCUUGGUUUAUAAACAGGUGUCAGUUGAACCAUUGUGUGGUCAGUUGAACCAUUGUGUGGUCAGUUGAACCAUUGUGUGGUCAGUUGAACCAUUGUGUGGUCAGUUGAACCAUUGUGUGGUCAGUUGAACCAUUGUGUGGUCAAAUGAACCAUUGUGUGGUCAGUUGAACCAUUGUGUGGUCAGUUGAACCAUUGUGUGGUCAUUUGAACCAUUGUGUGGUCAGAUUCCUCAAGGGGAAAUAAGCUGAACUAAUACAAAAUAUAAUUUAAAUAUAAUGACCAAAACAUUGGCAUUUAUGUAAAGCAUUCAUUUAAAACUAUCAUAGAUAUAUGUAUAUAAUUUUUUUGAGCACUUGGCAUUUUUUUAAAACUAUUCUACACAGGCUCUUGAUGCAGCAAAAGAUUUCAAACCAAUUGACAUCUUUGUUCUUCUCAUCCUUCACUGGUUGAACAACAAGAAAGCUGUGGAAAGCCUGAUGAGAAACAAGAUUAGAAAUGGACUCAUCACCGAGGCCAAUCUUCACAGUACUAUAACAUCAUAUACCUCGGUAUGUCAUAACAAAACUAUAACAUCAUAUUCCACUCUCUGUUGUAACAGCGGUUCAAACAUAAUCUUCUGAUUAGAUACAUUGGUUGCUAUUUCAUGUUAAUAUGUUUCUGGUACUUCUUAUGGGGUCAGCUUCUUAUGAGAUUAUGUUACUUGGUUUUUUUUCUAUCACUUUUCUUAUUUAAUGAAGAUAUGUUUUCUAAAUAAAGUAUUUAUUGAAUUGUCUUGCAGAUUAUUAGAGAGUAUUUUCCUUCCCUUAUGUCCUUGGCCAGGGGACUGCUGCACUCACCAGAACCUUCAAUAUGUUCUAUAGCUUGUUCUAUAUACAAAAUGACUUUUACAGCCUUUGAUUCUUAUUGCAAACAGGUAUUAUUUUAAUUAAGCUAGAAAGAUUUUUUUAGACUCUGCAACUUUACUUAAUAAUACAAUUAAAACAAUAAUAAUUUCCUAAAACAUUAUAAUUUGGAAAUGACAAUCAUGGUAUUCUAAACUAAUACCUCAAGAAAAAAAACAAUACCCUUAUGGAAAUAAGUCUUUUAAAGCUAAACAUUAAAAAUAUUUACUUUAAAAAUCUGAUUAUAUUUCUACUAGUAAAAAAGACCAGACACAUUUCAGACAAACUAAUAGAAAGUUCUGCACAAUAUUAUUGUGGCCUACUAUAAAAUAAAACCAGAGAUUUGAUAAUCUACCAGAACCAGGAGAGGUUAUUAACCCCUUAAAAUGUAUAUUUCAGCCUGGAAAUAAUGAACCUUGAAAUAGCAUCCCUGACAUAUGCAUUAACUCACCCAAAACUAAACAAUUUUUCAAAACUGGCUGAAGCUGCAAAAAGCACCACUUUUGCUCCAGUUGCAUUACUUGGAGGUUUCACUGUAAUAUCAUUUUAAUCUUUUAGGAAAUUGUUGAAAGCCUGAUCACACACACUGGCAGUGGAGUUAUUGGUGAAAUAGAAGCAUCUUUAGACACCUUUGCUGAUCUUGUCAAAGACCAACUGCAGGCAAUGUCCCGUUAUGCUGCCCACGUCAAGGUUUGUUCUUAACAAAGCUGGGAAAUAAUGAAAAAUAAAGAAAUACAUUAAAUUUGUUUCAUAUGUAAUAGAUAUGAGUCAUUAGGCAUGGAAAGAUUUUGUCAUCUUUAAAAUAUUGUUGAACCCAAAAUUUUUACACGUAUUAAAAUUAAGGAUUAUCCUGGAAUAAAUAUUUUUUUUUUUUAAUUGAAAAAUAUAGUAUAGUUUGUUUGAGAGGAACCAAACUGAGGAUUAUAUUACUUAGUCUGUGAAAUAUAACUUUGUCUCAGAUAGUCCUCGACUGUUUGGAUCACAACAACUUGACAGUAACACAGAUUAAAAAGGUUUAUUUACUGUUGGCCAAGCUUGCGUUUCAUUCCUCUCAAGAGGUCAGCUAUUUACAAGUGAGUCAUUCUACUGACAACAAUUUGAGAUGUUUAAUUCAAUGCUUAGAUUUUUUAACAGAUUUAUUUUAGUAAUGCUAAAUAAAUAUGUUUAAUUGUUAUUAGUGUGAAAAUUUAGUUAGAGAUUUUCUGUUAAUUUAUUGAUCAUGUUAAAAAUAUCUUAAAUAUGCUAAAUGAAUGUUUCUGUUUUCAAAUUUAUGAUCUACAUCAAAUCAAAUUCCUUCUAAAACUCUUUACAAUGCACUGACUUUAUUUCAAAAUAACCACUGUCCAACUCAAUCUACAAUUUUUAUUUUGCACUAGGAUGACCUUCACAUAAUAAUUUGUAAGCAGCUGACGAGUGGCAAUCCAAAGUAAGUGUAUUUUUAUCAACAUUUUAUAGUUGCUUGUAAUUGUAACUGUCAUUUUAAAAACAUUUUUAAUAAAUGCCAUCAUUUGUAUGUUUCAGAUACAAGCGUAUGGGUGUAGUGGGAGCCCUGUCUAUAGUGCAUGCACUAGCUGCAAGCAAUGGAACAAGUACUGAUUUACCAAGUGACCAGUAUAAGCAGGUUAGUUAUCUGCUGUGUUAAACAUCUAAUGGAGGAAAUAUCAUUUGUUUAUGAUUGCAACUUUUGUUGUUAUCAUUAUAUUCACAAAAUUAUCAUCCAUUCCAUUGGCAUAAUGAGAGGUAGAGAUAAUGUUUAUGCUGUGCCAAGAGUUGGAUCAUGCUUAUAGGACUACAUUUAUGCAAUUAUCAAAGAACUGGUGACAAAACUAUCAUUAGAUAGCAUUAAUUUGGACAUGAGAAAAACAGUUUUGAAGAUAUUGUUUUUUCCUUCAGGUGGUCAAGUUGCUUGAGCUUAUUCAAAAUAACUGCAAGCGAGAUCCUGAAAUUUCAGCCUUAUUUUUAGACAGUCUCGCUGAAAUGAUUGGUACAGAAAAGCUCUAUGGCAAUGUGGAGACAUGGGUUGCUGAUAAUAUGACACAAGGUUAGUUGAUGGGUUGCUGACAGUAUGACACAAGGUUAGUUGAUGGGUUGCUGACAGUGUGACACAAGGUUAGUUGAUGGGUUGCUGACAAUAUGACACAAGGUUAGUUGAUGGGUUGCUGACAGUGUGACACAAGGUUAGUUUAUGGGUUGCUGACAAUAUGACACAAGGUUAGUUGAUGGGUUGCUGACAGUGUGACACAAGGUUAGUUGGUGGGUUGCUGACAGCGUGACGCAAGGUUAGUUGGUGGGUUGCUCACAGUGUGACACAAGGUUAGUUGUUGGGUUGCUAACAAUAUGGCUAAAAUUGAUGGCCAUAAACAACAGACCAAAGAGAGGGCCAAAUGACCAUGAGGAAGGACAGAAACAUCCCAAUGAAAUGUUUAUUUAAAAAAUUGGUUUUAUUUUUGGCUAUUUUCCAAUAGAACAACUAAAAUACAUCAUACAAAGACUAACAUUCUGGCUACUGUAAAAAAUUCAUGAAAGGUUAUUUGUCUUAAUUUCUGUAUAGUUCUAUAAUGAAUGUUUCUAAUGUGUUACCUGCAGUGUUUGAAGAGAAUUAUGUUGCUGAUGUGGAAGAGGAUGCGGACCUGAUCAAAAACAGCUUAUUGCCAAUAGAUGUCUUGUAUAGCCUGAAUAAUGUGACAGAGAGUACCAUUGUGAUAAACCUAAUACCUUUGGUGGAAAAGCUGAUGGAUAAAACACCACGUCAGCCAAUGGAGUGUGUACAUUAAUUUUGUGUUUUUAUCUCUCAUUUCAUGGCUUAAUUUUCAGUUAAGAGUUAUCUCAACCUAAAUGGAGUUAAGAGUUAUCUCAACCUAAGACUACUUUGACACAUUGCUUAUAAGUCAUAAUAAUUUAUUGCAGUCAAAUAUUAAAAACCAACUGAAGUAUUAGAAACCAUCUUUAAGGCAGCUGUAACUAAUGAGUUAUCCACUAUGUUUCAUACCAUGUUUACAAAUGUUGAGUAUGCUCAUAUAUUAUAACAUGGCUAAACUAAUGACAUUUUGUUUGUAAAUGUUUAUAUAUGCUGUUUUUCUUAACAGUUCAGCAACCAGCCCCCUGUGCUUAGCUCCACUGUUCCACCUGGUGGCAGUCUGUGAAAUGAGAAAGUCAGAUGGAGAUCUAGAGAAUAUUGAUGCACUCCUGGGCUGCCCAGUGUUGAUGGUAAAGCCUGAGAUUUAUGAACAGAUGAAGUCACUGCCAACAAAGAAGAAAGACAUUGUCUGUGCUGGUCUUUUCCUGUGUAUCAACUGGUUCAGGGAGGUUGCCAAUGGGUUUGCAGCCAUGUCUAAUGCUGAAAUGAAAGCAAAAGUAAAUGUGUAGAAAUUACUUGUUUAUUAAUUUAUUAACUCAUUCUUGGCGACAGUGCUGCUUUCGUACUUUAAUUUAUGCUCCUGAACAAAGGUGUAAUUAGUCAACAUUUCUUUUUGUUUGCUUUGAUGCCAUAUGACGAAAGUUUGUGAUAUAAUUAUUUUUUUUCUGUGAUUAACUGUGAUUUCAAAAAUAGAGAAAACUGCAGAUUCUUUCAUUUUUAUUAAUGCAUUCUCAGCAGCUCCACACAUCAGUUUUAGAUUUGACAUAUUUUAUACGAUUUGAAAUCUAUUUUUAGAAGUCACUGUGCUGCUGUACAAUUUUAAUACCCCAGUUUGUUUCCAGCACUCCUCUUCCCUUCUCCCAUUGCAGCUUGCUGUGGUUAUCAGACUAUAAUAUGUUAAUGGACAUAAAAUCAGUCUCCUAUGCUUAUUGCAGGGGUGGAUAAUCUGCCAUAUUAAAUAUCGUGGCCCGCUAGAUGUAUCACUAAUAAACUUACUUCUUCAUUCAGUUAGCGAUUAUUUUUAUUCUCGACAUAAAUGCACAUUUGAAAUAUUAAUUAUGUUUACAGCAUUUUUUUUACUGUACGCCCCAUUGGGUUGUACCUGUCCCUUAUUUGGACUGAUUACAAUUAAAAAAUGGUUGAAAUAAGUCAUCUUAAUUAAAAAUGAAAAAACAACUUUAAAAUUUAGUAACUAAUAAAAUAAAAGGAUUCAUAUAAGCACAUCUAGGUAGGUGGUAGAACUACAUUCAGGAAUAUGCAAAAGGGGAUCCCUGCAUUUUUAAUUUAUGAAAACCCUUCUGGGGAGGGGGCACAGGGUUAUAAAGAAAUCUAAAGUAGCCUUUUGUUAAACUCAAUAUUUAUAAAUAUAGUAGCACUAUUUUCUUUUUUUUUAAAAACUGUUGUUUCCUUCAACUCCAGGUGAUGAUGAGAUUAACACAGAUCACAGAAUUGAAUCAUAUUUUACAAAAGUGCUUGGCCUUACAUCCGGACUUUCAACCCCCAACUGCAAUAUUCGAUGUGGAUUGCCAGCCUGUCACAACGCCGUUACCGGGCCCUUCCACAUCAGGCGGUGAUAAGAAGGUGAAAAAAGCCCCCAAGAAAAAGAAGGGUAAAAAGAGCAUUGACCCAAUAGAUGAUGUGGAUAUUGAUGACACCAUACUGACACGCCAAUCAACAACUUCACAAGUUGCCUCUCAGACCGACCACCAAAAAACUGUAGACUUAUCCAAUUUCAGGCAGUACUUUCGUGAGCUUGAUUUCAAAGUGUUCAACAUUCUCAAUGCUGGCAUCAUCACCAGAGCAGCUUUAGAUUCAGAGAUGCACACAAGAGCAACAGAAGAGCUACAAAUAGGUCUGGCUGAGCUGCACUUUUUGCUGGAAGACUUAGCACUCAAGCUGAAGCACUCUCUCAUUGCCUCGGCUUCAAAGCGUAGGACAUUUUUUAAAGUGCGGACCUCAAAAAAUGUCGGCUACUCGAUGCUAGACCACUUUUCACCUUCACACAUAGCCACAGAGGCUUCCAAAUUGCUGCCUUGUCUGUGUGACCACUUGGAGAGAGCCUGCAAUUUCUUUCAAACCCUCAUCUCUGAUAACGAUGGCAUGGUUGAUGGUCCCAACAGAGGCACAGAGGAGGCAACCAAAAUGGCCAGCUGCUAUAAUGUUUUGUUGCAAUGUGUGCUGUCACUUUUCUCAUGGAAUGGCUUUAAUAGUGAAGAAAACAAAGAUCUUUUGAAGGAAAUGUUGAUGGUGAUGGGAAAGAGAAUGAGUGGAUCUUCAGAUCUGAGUUCUUUUGUGUCACUGCAAGAUUCACUAAUGUAAAAAUAUGAUCCACUUAUUCUUCCUUAAUUAUCUGUACUUGAAAUGUUUAGAUAUUUGUACACAUUUAACCCCAUCUACCUCAACUGAGUAUAAUACACUCAACAGUCUUUGAUUGCUGAUAUCUCGAGUCUCCUUUUAAUAAUCUUUCUCAUACUCUACCUAAUCCACAAGGUAGUAGAAAUGAACACCUUGUUGGAUGCAAUUGUAUAAAGCAUGCAAAAGUGACUUAUUUUUUUGGGCCCUAAACUUUUUUUCUAGAGUCCGUAACAACUGGGUGUAACCUACUUGUGCAUAAUUUAAUAGAAGAAAAAAACCGUCUAAACUGGCAUAUGAACAUUUUGGUUUGGUUGUUAUUUGUUUGGUUAUUUGAGUCUGUGUCAUCCAUGAAAUAGAUUUUAAAUUUUGACAAUAACUAAAUAAUCUGAAUGCAUUUGGGUACCAACAAUAAUAACAUGUAUUCAACUUGACAAACCAUUUCCAAGCAGUCACUUGUACACAUGGGAAAAUAGGGGCUCAACUUGCACAGAUUUUACAUUCAAAAACAGAACGGUCUAUGUCAAAUAAGUCCAAUAAACUUGCUGAGUUGAAGUGGUUUUGGGCAGCUGUUUGAAGUGCUUGUCGAGAUUUCAAAACACUGGCGAAGUUCUGCCUCACAAUAUCUUGGUGUGUUGGGAUGGAUUGCCUCUCCUUGGGAAAGGGUGAAGAAAUGUGCAACGUCAAUAUUGACUGUCUGUUGUCUUCAUGAGACAGUGAAUUAGUCGGAUAUGUAUAUUUAAAUGCCACUCUUGAUGCCAAGUCAAAAAUGUUGAAAAACACAACCAAAGGCCAUCUUUUACUUUAAGUUUUUUGUAUUCACAGAGAACACCUUCACCAUUUGGUCCCUGGCGAAUAUGCCUCCUUUGAUUUUGUUGUUAUUGUUCACAAUCCCUGGUUUCUUGAAGUCAGUUUCACUUUCUAUAUGUGGACGAUUGUGUUCAGGAGCAAUCUUUCUGCUUCAAGCUCUGGUAUUUGACGAAGUUGUUUCUAGUCUGAAAAAAAACACUGAUUUGUUGAGGGGCAGAGCCUUCUUUUGCUAGAAUCCCUUGGGUAGGAACAUCUUGUUCCGUUUCACUGUUCCAACUUGAGUGAGUCUGUUCUUGGCCAUUGGUUCUGCAAGUAGCAGGGGAAUGAAAUAAUAGUCUGUUCUGAAAUUGCGUCCACUUCCAUGCAAGUCCCUUGUGCGAGAAAUCAUAGCCUCUGGGGGAUGUUCCACCAUUUCUCUUUGCUGGCAGGGUACUUGCAUUUUCUUUUCCGAGAUAUGGGCAUCCUCUCAGAGGAUAGUUUGAAGUCGAUUAACAGUCACAGGCCCAGAAAAUAUAUAUCCCAUAUUUGUCGUGCUUGCUUGGCAUAUAUUGAAUAAAUCUGCACCGACCUCUGAAACCAAGCAGUUGCUCACCUACUGUGAUGUGCUCUCCAAGAACAUAAUAACUGGCCAAAUUACUCAUGAAUGCUUCUCAUACAUCUCUUAUUAUUAGAUCAAACAUGUCACGAGCUAUCAUACAGGAUUGAUCUAGUGUCAUUGUUGUCAAAACAAAGUAUGAAUCUGAAGUUUGCUGAAUCUUGUCAUUGAACAUGUUCCCUAAAAAUGUUAUUUCCAUCAACAUGGCUGAAUAAAAAGUCCACUGAAAUGCUGUUGAGAUGAAGAUUGCCAGUGUGUAGUAGUAGUAGGCAGCUAAUAAAAGCUUUCAUUUAGAUCAUUCCUGUGCCAUUAGUCUGAUCUUACUUUAUCACCUUCCCUGCUCGUGCAGUCAACUAUUGUUUGUAUUAUUUUUUUCAUGAAUGUACAGAAGACAUGCUUCAGUGGGAGAAACUAUGUGAUCCGUGAAUGGAGUUUGGUUUGAAGGCAAUGAAGGCAACUAAAUCAUGGCACAUAGUAAUAAAGAAAAUAACAUAAAGAGAACCAGAGGCGUGGCUAGAGUGGUUGGCGCCCGGAGACAAGAUUCAUUUUAAAGAGCCUCCCUUUCUUUUUUCAACUCUCAAACCCAUUUUUUUCAUCAAUUAAAUAAUAUCAAAGCACAUUUUGGAGCCCUUAAUUAGUCUGGCGCCCAUGGACAUCUGUCCCCCGCCUUUGAAGAGAACCAUUUACUGUGAAAGAAAACUAUGGGUGUAACCCAACCAGUUUCCGGGGACAUGGUAUACAAUAUGUUGAGUUGGAUAGGGUUAAGAGAAUAAGUUAAUAUCUUUUAGAUUGGGGCAGUAUUCCCCUGUUUUGUUCCUUUCUCUACCUUGUAUUAUUUAAUCAUAUUUAAUGCAAGGUUUUUUAAUAUUUCCAGUACUUUUAACCACUUUAUAAUUAGAUGCCCUACACUUGUGUUUAAUUUUUUUUUUUUAUAGAAUUAUUGAAAACUAAAUCAGCCAUAACUAUCCUUGAUUUUCUCCUCAAUAUUUGGCCAUUCUCUCAUGCCCAACUAUCUCCCCAUCCCUCGUGCCCAACCAUCUCACCAUCCUUCAUAGCAAACUAUCUCCCCAUCCCUCAUACCCAAUCAUCUCACCAUCCCUCAUACCCAACCAUCUCCCCAUCCUUUAUACCCAACUAUCUCCCCAUCCCUCAUACCCAACCAUCUCCCCAUCCCUCAUACCCAACUAUCUUUCCAUCCCUCAUACCCAACCAUCUCCCCAUCCCUCAUACCCAACCAUCUCCCCAUCCCUCAUACCCAACUAUAUUUCCAUCAAUAAUGCCCAACUAUAUUUCCAUCAAUAAUGCCCAAUCAUUACCAAUCAAUUUUUAAAAAUAUACAUAGAUAUGUUCCAAAAUAGCCAAAUACAUUUCAGGAAUUCACAAAUUCUAUGCAUUUGGCAUAAUUCAAUACCGUAGCUUUUAACAAUCCAAUAUAGGGGAAGUUUUUCCCUCUUGCAUCAUUUCUGAUUAUGUUAGAAACAUUUGACACAGCAUAGACCAACAGACACAUCUCACUCAGUGAAACCAUUUUUGUGCAUUAUAAUAGAAUAUUUUAUGAAAUUGAUGAUUACAUUUCUUUGAUAAGAAUGGCCUUCAAGUACUUUGGUAACUUGGUAGAAACGAGUCCAGACACUGAGACAGCUGCUACACUAAUUAAACUUCUCAUGGUCCUUGCAGACAGAUGUCAGAGUGAUGAUCUAAAUGCUAAAUUGGGUAGGUUUUUCAACUCCUUUUUUUUUUUUUUUUUAAUUUUGUUCAAAGGAAUUUUUUUUCUUUAAAUACAUUAAUGAAUAAUUUGAAGUUAUUUGUGUUGGACACUCUUUUAUUUCUUGGAAUUAACACUAUUGGUGAGUGAUUGCAUUUUUUUUUUUUUUUUUUUUUUUUUUUUUUAAUUUUGUUCAAAGGAAUUUUUUUUCUUUAAAUACAUUAAUGAAUAAUUUGAAGUUAUUUGUGUUGGACACUCUUUUAUUGCUUGGAAUUAACACUAUUGGUGAGUGAUUGCAUCAAACAACAGGUGCGACCCUGAAAAGCUACCUUGCAGUAUUUUUAAUUCCAUUUAAAUAGCUGCUUUAUUGUUUACGUAUAUAACACAUACUAUUAUUUGAUUAUAACAGCCAGCCAUGCUAAAUCCUUUCUGGGUCGUGACUGGCGAAAGCCAGAUGGGGAGCGAAUGAAAGGUGCCAAGCACAAUGAAGACUUGCAGGUGAUGAUCAAAGCUUAUCUGGAGUAUGACCCUGAACCUUUGCAAGCCUUGGAGGACGUGACAAAUGGCCUGGCUGAGCUAGUCAACCUUGACAAAAAUGGAUGCUCUGAAGACUUUGUCUCUCUCAAUAGGUAAGUUGAUCCAUUUGCUAUAUUGUAUCCAUGGGUAAGUUUAUGGAUUAGCACAAUUAUUAAAUUAAUUGAUUAGAGCAAGUAUUACUUGCAUCAACUCAAAGACUUAAAUAUAAUGUUCCAUGUAAAUACAGAAUUGUGAAUCCAGGCCCAUUCUAAAAUAUUUGUCAUUUUUUGUCUCCAUCCAACAAAAUACCCAUUGUAUUUUAUGUAAUAAGUAUUUUCAAUUGUUGUUACAUAGGCAGACAUUCACCAUCUUUUAUAAAGUGUUGCUUACUGAGCUGAUAUCAAACAUAAAGAGAAUCCCAGCAGGCAAGAAAAAUGACCCAGAAAACGUUAGAGAAGAUAGGCUGAUGAUGUGGACAUUGACCGUCAAAGUCCUACAGGUCGCCACGUCCCUCACAAAGGUGUUCAACGCCCGAGGCAACCUUGGAGCGGCACUCAAAUAUGGCCGCCAGUUUUUGGAGAUCUUUCUCAGACAAGCGAUGCCCCUGUUGGACGUGACGUUUCGCCGCCAUCACACAGAUGUAGAGAAACUGUUACGUUCACUUCAGCAGAGCACGAGAAUGCUUCAGCAUCUCUGCGGUCAUUCAAAGGUGAGUUUUAUCAAACGCUAUUCGGAAAUGAGAAAGAAUGUCACCAACAUAGCUAAUCAAAUUAUGUUACCUGACCGUAUGAAUUUCAAUUUGUCAAUGCGUACGAACUUCAAUAAUUUUCUCUUGAAAGUUAUUUCUAUUGAUACAUUAUUACUGAGAUUACCUCAGCUUAAUACUGAAAUUGGUAGUAGACUAAAUACAACUGCAAUGCAACCUUUAAAAGAAGAGGGGAAUUUUAAAGAAACUAACAGAAGAUUUGCCAAAAUUUAGUACAUAAAGAUAGGUAGCUGUUAAUCUAUUUCCUCUUAUUAGUAUUGAUCUUCUCAGCACUAGAAAGCUUGCGAUUGAUUCCAUUAAUAACACACUGGGCAUUGUGUACGAACGCACUGGGCCUUGUUUCCAGCCAACAUUUUCUAUCUGGAAUAUUCAUGCAAACUUUUAUUUGAACAGAUUAACAAGGACAUUGCCUUAACCAAUCAGGUGCCAAUGUUAAGAAAAGCCCUGGAAGGACUUGUCUUCAGGGUGAAGGCGAUGUUAACACUCAACAACUGCCAGGAUGCAUUCUGGGUUGGAAAUCUGAAGAACAGAAAUCUGAGGGUAGGAGAUCAUUCUUUAAGCCCUUGUAAUAUUUUAUGGUAACCCAACAUUGAAAUUCUAUUUCUAAAGAAUUUGUUUCCACAAAUUCUACUUAAGUCAAAUAGGCUGUAUUAAGGACAAUCGUUAUAGAGUAGAAAAACAUUCUUCCUUUUAAGACUUUCAAAAACAUUAGAAUUUAUAAAUUUUGUGAAAAUACAAAAUCAUUUUUGAUUUAUUUGGUAAAAUUUAAAAAUUGUUAAGAAAUUAAUUUCUGAAUGAUUAAUAUCUUUCACGGCGUAAAAUGCUUAUAAAUUAUUAAUAUAAAUAUUAUACUUUUGGAUUUUUAUCCAGCAGCUGUAACUUAGUAAGACAAGAGCGAUUUUUUGUUGACAUCAACUUUUCAGUUGCACACCCAAUGAGACUGCUGACUUCUGACUGCUGACUUUUGACAGCUGACUGCUGACUUCUGGAAGGAGUGUUGUUUAUUGAAGGUUAUCUGCUCCCCAAAAAUAGCUGACCAACUUUGAUAAUGAAUAAAUUGAACCUGUUACCUCUUGGACAAAGGCCAAGCAGCAUUACGAAUAGUCGAUAGGCUGGUUAUCAUAACCAGUGCUCCAUGAGCCGGGGAAACACUAACAUUACUUAUGAGCCAACAAAAAAAAGACUUGAAAACUGCCCAAACACCUAGCAGCAGUUGCAAACUUGGGGCCAUUCUGAUAAUUUAGGUGCGCUAAUAAGCUUAGAAGUUAUCAGUUGCUUGUGGGACAAAUUUUAUUUUUGAAUUUUCUCUUUGAUUUUCAGGGUGAAGUAAUUUUGUCCCAAGCUUCCAUGUCUAACACAACAUCCAACAGCGAAGAUGAAGGUGAGGACAAUGAAAAUCAGACGGCAGCUGCUGUAGAUGAGGAAGAUGAUAACGAUGAUGAUGAGGAAGAUGAUGCUGAUGAUGAAAGUGAA